AUUUGAGGCAGCGAGACAGUGCUUGUUGUUUUGUAGUUCAGUGUUCUCAGCCUCAGACUCAGAGGCCAGUUUUCCUUGGAGGGACACGAAGGCUGGUUUAGGGAAUUGUGUCAGUUCAGUUUCUGUAUCGUAUAUCGUCUGCACUGCACAAUGUUGCGCCCCAGUUUCUUCUGUUGAGCGCUAUGUUUCGGGGAAACGUGGUCGUUGAUUAGUAUAGGUCUGGUACUUUUUAUAGUCUGGUCUUGGCCUUGCCAACGACCUGUACGUCUGGGAUAAAGAGAGGUGGUUGGUGGUGGUGGCUAGUAAAAAGCAAUAAUGAGCCUCAGGUCUCUCCAGUCGAGAACUGACCCUAACGCAAGACGAAAUCUGACCAUUCGAGUCGUUGAAGGAAUUGGACUUGCCAAGAAGGACAUAUUCGGACACAGCGACCCGUAUGUCCGGAUUCGUGUACAUGUUGGUAAAACCCGUAACACACGCAUUCUUCAGGAGUUUACGACGAAGACAGUGAAAAGGAGCCUGUCACCAAAAUGGAACCAGGAGUUUAAAACGAUCGUGAAGCCGAGCGCAAACAUUCUUGCAUUCGACGUCUUUGACGAAAACAGAGUGACACGAGAUGACUUUCUUGGGCAGUUCACGAUUUCUCCUUGUGACUUUGCCAUUCCAACUGAGCCCGUUGGCAGUGCAUCAAUAGGAACUGAGUUUACGUGCAAACUUAUGCCGAGAAGCACCCGGUCGACAGUGCGCGGUAGUCUAAAGCUACACCUUAAGUACUCCGACGGUGAACCGGUUUCACCUGGUGGCGUAUCACCUCGUCAGGAUUCAACACUAAGCGAGAGCCAGUUAGCGACAUGGGAGGUUGUGGAAGAACCGCAGACUCUGCCCCCUGGAUGGGAAGAGAAAAUGGACGCCAAUGGCCGUGUGUUCUUCGUGGACCAUUCCACCCGACGCACCCAGUGGGAUCGCCCUGUUGCCUCCGCGCCACCUGCGCAGGGAGGCUCUGUGCCUCCAGCGGCUCCUGCCGCGGCUGCACCGCCACCCAUCCCGCCACGUGUGCGACGCCAGAUUAGCGAGGACGCCAACUCUGCACACCGCUUGUCGAAUGCCUCCUCGUCAUCCGGCGUGAGCUCGGGUGCAUCGUCGUUGCCCCCAGCUGUCUCUUCUCCCUCAGCGGCAUCCUCCUCGUCACCCAAUCCCCUGGCUCAGCCUUCCGGUGACCCGAGAAUCAUGGCCGCACUCGCCGGACCUUUGCCAUCCGGCUGGGCAUCGCAGAUGGCACCGAACGGUCGUCCGUUCUUCAUUGAUCAUAGCUCGCGCUCUACAUCUUGGGUGGACCCUCGCCUGAAAUCCUUCACGGCCGAUGAAAUAGCAAAUCAUAGCCGUCUGCAGCAAGAGUCAGUUCGUGCGGCGGAGAGAGCGCAGCAGUCUUCUGAUUUGGGCCCACUUCCGGCUGGUUGGGAAGAGAGGCGCACAGCAGAAGGCCGUGUGUUCUACAUUGAUCACAGUACCCGUUCAACACAGUGGGAUGAUCCACGAUCCGAAACACACAAGCAGGAGAAAGUUAACGUCCCACAAUAUUCCCGCGACUACAAGCAGAAGUACGACUACAUGAGGAACAAGCUCAAGGGUGCACCAAGUGGCACGCCAAAUCGCUUUGAGCUCAAGGUUCGCCGAAAGCAAAUCUUGGAGGAUUCUUAUUCUGCCAUUGCUCUCCUAACCGGAAAUCGCCGUGACAUCAUGAAAUCUCGACUUUGGAUUGACUUUACCGGGGAGAAGGGUCUUGACUACGGUGGAGUAGCACGAGAAUGGUUUGAGCUGUUGUCGCAUGAAAUGUUCAACCCGUACUACGGCUUGUUUGAGUGCUCAGCUAGCGAUAACUACACACUGCAGAUCAACCCGAAUUCCGGUGUGUGCAAUGAAGAGCAUCUCUCCUACUUCAAGUUCAUUGGACGUGUGUGCGGCAUGGCUGUUUUCCAUGGGAAGCUUGUUGACGGUUUCUUUGUACGUCCAUUCUACAAGAUGAUGCUGCGGAAGAAGAUCACCUUGGCUGACAUGGAGUCUGUGGACGAGGAGUACUUCCGCAGCUUGAACUGGAUCCUAGACAACGACCCUGAGGACCUGGAUGCUCAUUUCUGUGUCGAUGAGGAAAUGUUUGGCCAGAUGACAAUGAAGGAACUGAAGCCUGGCGGUGCCGACAUCCCGGUGACCAAUGCCAACAAGAAAGAGUAUGUCGACUUGGUGAUCCAGUGGCGAUUUGUCAGCCGCAUCAAGUCGCAAAUGGAUUCGUUUAUUGAGGGCUUCAAUGAGCUCAUCCCGUUCAACUUGUACAAGAUCUUUGAUGAGCGCGAGCUGGAGCUGCUGAUCUGCGGCAUUGAUCAGAUUGACGUGGACGACUGGCGAAAGCACACACGCUAUCGCGGCCGCUACAACGAUCGCGAUCAGGUGAUCGUCUGGUUUUGGAAGGCUGUCGGUACUUUUGACAAUGAGCACAAGGCGCGUCUGCUGCAGUUUGUGACCGGCACAUCCCGUGUACCCAUGAACGGCUUCGCUCAUCUGCAAGGUAGCAAUGGUGAACAGACGUUCUGCAUUGAAUGCUGGGGCUGUGAGCGCGACCUGCCCCGUGCGCAUACAUGCUUCAACCGCCUGGACUUGCCGCCGUACACCAGCUAUCACCAGCUGCGCGAGAAGCUGAAUCUCGCGAUUGAGAACACCGAGGGCUUUGAAGGAGUCGACUAAGAGUGGUCGAGCCAGCAUUGGCCAUAUCCGCAGCCGCACCACUGUACUGCUCGCACUCACUGCCAAGCUCCUGGCAUUAGCCACCUGCACGUGCACGCGCACCUUUCGCACUCACGGUCACGCUCCUGAUCCUGCCCCGAGCAGGUGAGUAGCGUGACACUCGUCUCGUAGUCACAAAAGUAACUGUAUUCUCGACCGCAUGCGUUUCAAUAAUAUUGAAGAUGAAACGUGUGCAUAGGCUUAUCAAUUCCUAUUUCCAUACUUAAUUAACCUGAGCAAUGUCUCUCUGCACGUCCACUUAGUCUGCAUGAUCACUGCUCACACAGCAUAUCUAUUUUCUGCCUGCCUGGUGCAUGGGUAGCUCGUAUUUCCGCAAUGUGCCUUCGCAUGCCGUGUCAUGUGACAGCAUGCGUGCUUCGGUGAUCACGCGCUCUUUUUUCUUCUGAUCAUCAUUUGGUGUGCGCGCCUUUUCGCUGCCAUUCUUCGCCCAGGGCUGUUUUUAGCCUUGUGCAACCGCUGCUUCCGCUCAACGUUGCCUUUCCUUUGCCGUGUGCCCCGAGGCCUAGCAGAGUAUGGAGAGUACUGUAACCCGUCAGUUUUCUGUUCUUGCUCAAGUGUUGUCCUAUGUGAAGCCAGUUAUUGCCAUUACCGAAUCAUUUGGUCGGGGUUUUCUUCUUGUUCUCUCUCUUUUUUUCAGUCGGUGUUGAUAAUUCUCGAUGUGCAUGUAGUCAGACUGGUCUCUGCAUGUGUAAUUAUAGUGUUACUUGUAGCUGCAGUGAUUUUCUCUAGGUCUGUACUGGUAAUGAAACCACUCAUAAACUGAGGGUCGGUCGAUGUAUUGUAUUUUAAGCUGAUUGUUCUCCGCUGUUGCUUAUUCCUGUUGCUUCUUUUGCUAUUGUGGCGUUUCCUGUUUGUUGUGGCUGAGUUUGCGUGCCGCUUGUUUUGUUUACUAUUUAAUAUUUUUUCUUUCUCGUUGCCUUUCUCGUUGCCUCCUCUUUGCUACCGUAUUCGCCGUGAGCUUCCUACCUACGUAUCUCCGCUGUCCAUAGAUGCUCCUUACCUCCUUACUUGUCACCUGCGCUAACCCUGUCCCUAACUCCCUUCGGGGUGUCACUUUGGUCUCUUCCCUUUGCGCUGCUUGAUGAACCGAUAACCAGCCAUGCGUUUGUUCUUUUGUUUUUUUGCCGUCUCCUUACAUCCUACUGCUGUUCAUAGUAUCAGCAUUUCGAGUCCUUUCCUCCCUUUUUUAGUUAUUGAAUUUACGUUCUUUUGUUCAAGUAACACCAUCAUGUGCUCUGCUGCAACGGAAUAACAAACCGAUUGAAAAGUGC